AUGGAUCGGAGAUAUGGGGGGUUCAAAAUUCACUUCUCUAAAGGAAGCAAUAAGCUCAUCAACAAUUGUUCACCAAUCACUUUUUGCCGAUCAUGUUCCCUACGUGACCGCUCGGACCUCUCGUGCUCAGUUCACCUAUACAUUUCAGCUCACACCUGGUCAAAAAUUCAUUCGCCUACACUAUCAUACCCUGGUUUUGAAAGAUCCAAGGCAUUUUUCACUGUUAAAGCAGGUCCAUACACCCUCCUUACCAAAUUCAGCGCUUCCCUUACUGCUGAUAUUUUGGGUGUAAGAUAUUUUGCAAAAGAAUUUUGUGUCAUCAUUGAAAAAAAUCAAGUAUUCAGCAUUACAUGUUCUCCGUCUAAAAGUAGUGCAAUUGAUGAUGUUUAUGCUUUUAUCAACGGCAUUGAGAUCGUCUCCAUGCCCACUGCUCUUUAUUACACUCCCCAUGGUGAUUUGGGUGCCAAUCUUGUUGGCAACAAGUUCCGAUUCUAUAUUGACAAUGAUACAGCACUAGAGAUGGUUCAUCGGUUAAAUGUCGGAGGGAGAUCCAUUUUGUCGGUAGAAGAUUUGGGCAUGUUCCAUAUGUGGUUGGACGACAAGAAUUACUUCUUACAAUCAAGUCUUUUACGAGUCAGUACAAGAAAUAUGAUCACAUACACAAACAUACCCACAUACACUGCUCCAUCUAGAGUUUAUCAGACAGCUUGGGCAAUAGGUUCAAACCAACAAACGAACCAAGUGUUCAACUUUACAUGGAAAUUACUAGUAGAUUUGGGAUUUAGAUAUCUGGUUAGGCUCCAUUUCUGUGAGCUUGAAUUUGCGAUCGGCCAAAAACAGUUUAAUUUGCUGAUUAAUAAUAAGAUCAUCGAAACUGAUGCAGAUGUGAUCAAGUGGAGCAGUGGAAAUGGAAUUGCAGUAUACAAAGACUGUGGUAAUGAUGGAAGGAGACCGAUUACAGUACCGACGUGA